AUGGCGGGACCUGGGGGUUGGAGGGACAAGGAAGUAACGGAUCUGGGCCACUUGCCGGAUCCAACUGGGAUAUUCUCACUGGAUAAAACCAUUGGCCUUGGUACUUAUGGCAGGAUCUAUCUGGGACUCCAUGAAAAAACUGGUGCAUUUACAGCUGUUAAAGUGAUGAAUGCUCGUAAGACCGCUUUACCUGAAAUAGGAAGACGAGUGAGAGUGAAUAAAUAUCAAAAGUCUGUUGGAUGGAGAUACAGUGAUGAAGAAGAGGAUCUUAGGACUGAACUCAACCUUUUAAAGAAGUACUCUUUCCACAAAAACAUUGUGUCCUUCUAUGGUGCUUUUUUCAAGCUGAGCCCCCCCGGCCAGAGGCACCAACUUUGGAUGGUGAUGGAGUUAUGUGCAGCAGGCUCAGUCACUGAUGUAGUAAGAAUGACCAGAAAUCAGAGUUUGAAAGAAGAUUGGAUUGCUUAUAUCUGCCGAGAAAUCCUUCAGGGCUUAGCUCAUCUUCAUGCACACCGUGUAAUUCACCGGGACAUCAAAGGUCAGAAUGUGUUACUGACUCAUAAUGCUGAAGUAAAACUUGUGGAUUUUGGAGUGAGUGCCCAGGUGAGCAGAACUAAUGGGAGGAGAAAUAGUUUCAUUGGGACGCCAUACUGGAUGGCACCUGAGGUGAUUGACUGUGAUGAGGACCCAAGACGCUCCUAUGAUUACAGAAGUGAUGUGUGGUCCGUGGGAAUCACUGCUAUUGAAAUGGCUGAAGGGGCUCCUCCCCUGUGUAACCUUCAGCCCCUGGAAGCCCUCUUUGUUAUUUUGCGGGAAUCUGCCCCCAAAGUCAAAUCCAGUGGAUGGUCUCGUAAGUUCCACAAUUUCAUGGAAAAGUGCAUGAUAAAAAAUUUCCUAUUUCGUCCUACUUCUGCAAACAUGCUUCAUCACCCUUUUGUUCAGAAUAUAAAAAAUGAAGGACAUGUUGUUGAGUCAUUAAAGAAGCAUCUUACUGGAAUCAUUAAAAAGAGACAGAAAAAAGGAAUACCUCUGAUAUUUGAAAGAGAAGAAGCUAUUAAGGAGCAGUACACCAUGAGAAGAUUCAGAGGACCUUCUUGUACUCAUGAGCUUCUGAGACUGCCAACUAGCAGUAGAUGCAGACCACUUAGAGUUCUGCAUGGAGAACCCUCUCAGCCAAGGUGGUUGCCUGAUCAAGAAGAGCCACAGGUCCAGGCACUUCAGCAUCUACAGGGAGCAGCCAGGGUGUUCAUGCCACUACGAGCUCAGGACAAUGCACCUAGGCUUCUACAGGGGCAAGCCCAGGCACCUCAGAGACUACAAGGGGCAGCUCGCGUGUUUAAGCCACUACAGGCUCAGGUUAAGGCGAAGGCAUCUAGGCCCCUACAGAUGCAGGUUAAGGCACCUCCAAGACUACGGAGGGCAGCCUGGAUGCUCAUGCCACUACAGGCUCAGGUUAAGACACCUAGGCCUCUACAGCUACAAGCCCAGGUACCAAAAGAACAGCAGGCUCAGGCCGAGCCCCAGGCAUCAGAAGAGCCACAGGAUCUGGACCAGGUACCAGAGGAAUUUCAGGGUCAAGAUCAAGUACCAGAACAACAACAAAGGCAGGAUCAGGCCCCUGAACAACACCAGGGGCAGAACCAGUUACCUGAACAACAGCUGGAGCAGAACCAGGUACCUGAACAGCCAGAGGUACAGGAACAGGCUGUUGAGCCCACACAGGCAGAGACUGAGGCAGAGGAACCUGAGUCAUUACGAGUACAUGCCCAGGUAUUCCUGCCCCUACUGUCACAGAACCACCAUGUGCUGUUGCCACUACAUUUGGAUACUCAAGUGCUCAUUCCAGUAGAGGGGCAAAUUGAGGGGUCACCUCAGGCACACAUCUGGGCGCUAGAGGCCCCACAGGCAGUUGGCUCAGUUCAAGAACUGAUAGAGGGACUAUCAAGAGACUUACUUCGAGCACCAAACUCACAUAACUCAAAGCCACUUGGUCCACUGCAAACCUUGAUGGAAAGUCUGUCUUCAAACAUGUUUUACUCUCAACCAGAACAGGCAGGGAAGAAAAAAUCAAAAGUUUCUAGUCUAAGGCAGGCAUUGGCAAAAAGACUAUCACCAAAGAGGUUCCGGGCAAAGCUAUCACAGAGACCUGAAGAGUUUGAGAUCUCAGAUUUAGAAGCCUGCAGGAGAAGGUGCCAGCGCAGAUGGGAAGAUAUCUUUAAUCAGCACGAGGAAGAAUUGAGACAAGUUGCAAAUGACAAAGAAGAUGAAUCAUCAGACAAUGAUGAAGUAUUUCAUUCAAUUCAGGCUGAAGUCCAAAUAGAACCAUUGCAGCCAUAUGUUCCAAAUCCUAAAGGAAAUGAAGUCCAAGAGAGAUCUACUUCAGUGCCUUACAAUCAAGAUUGUGCACGCUAUGUCAAGUUCUCUUCAAGUGUUCCUCAGCGGUCUGUUUUGGAACAAGCUCAGAAGCCCAUUGACAUCAGACAAAGGAGUUCACAAAAUCCUCAAAAUUGCCCAGCAGUAUCAGAAUCUUCUUCUGAGGAAGAGAGUCCUGUAACCUGGAGGAGGUCCCAGUCAUCACCGCCUUAUUCUACUAUUGAUCAGAAGUUGCUGGUUGAUGUCCAUGUUCCAGAUGGAUUUAAAGUAGGAAAAAUAUCACCCCCUGUUUACUUGACAAAUGAAUGGGUAGGCUCUAAUGCACUCUCUGAAAUCUUCCGGAAUGAUUGGUUAACUCCUGCACCUGUCAUUCAGCCACCUGAAGAGGAUGGUGAUUAUGUUGAACUCUAUGAUACUGGUGCUGAUACUUAUGGUGAUGAUGAUGAUUCUAAUGAUGCUUAUGAAGAUACCUAUGACCAUGACAAUGGCAAUGAUGGCUUGGAUAACCAGGUUGGUCAGGUUAAUGAUAUUGGUGAAGACCAUGAUGAUAAUGACAAUGAUGAAGCUAUUGAUGACAAAGACAAUAAUCAUGAUGAUGCUCCUUGUUGGCCAAGACCAAGCUAUGGCGAUGGAAGCUACAAGCAAGAUGGUAGAGAUGGAAAUGAUGGUGGAGAAGGGACAUGCAACAGCUAUGGAAGUCAGAGAGUCAGUAGAAGCCAUGGAGGAAGUGUAGCCAGUGGGGGCAGUGCAGCCAUUGGAGACCAUGAAGAACAUGGAGCCAAUAUAGGCAAUGGAAGAAGAGUCAAGGUAAAUGGAGGUAAGGGAGUCAGUGGAACCAAUGAAGAAAGUGGAGCCUUUGAACUCAGUGAAGGAGAAAAUUACUCAGAGACAGCAGAGACAGAUGGUCAAGGAUUGGAGAGACUGACAUCCCAGGACUUUGAACAUCAACAGGAGGAGCCAGGUGGUAGAAGUGAGGCCUCAAAUGCCAUUGCCUCAGAUGCUGCACCAGCAGCACCUGAUGACAAGAAUGACAGCAUGGAUAUAUUGGAAGCGUCAACACAAUCAGGUUUUUCUGCCAGCCACUCAUCUCCUUCUAAUAGUUCUGGGAGGGCUGCAAAUGCUGACUUUGCCAGUGCCAUCUUGUAUGCUGGGUUAGUGGAAGCACCUGAGAAAUCACCUAAGCCACCAUCUGAAGUCAACGUUAACCCACUAUAUGUGUCUCCUGCAUGUAAAAAACCACUAAUCCACAUGUAUGAAAAGGAAUUCACUUCUGAGAUCUGCUGUGGUUCUUUGUGGGGAGUGAAUUUGCUGUUGGGAACUCGAUCUAAUCUGUAUCUGAUGGACAGAAGCGGAAAGGCAGACAUUACUAAACUGAUAAAGCGAAGACCAUUCCGUCAGAUUCAAGUUGUAGAGCCACUCAAUUUGCUGAUUACCAUCUCCGGCCAUAAGAACAGACUUAGGGUGUAUCAUUUGACCUGGCUGAGGAACAAGAUUUUGAAUGAUGAUCCUGAUAGUAAAAGAAGACAAGAGGAGAUGCUAAAGACAGAAGAAGCCUGCAAAGCUAUUGAUAAACUGACAGGUUGUGAACACUUCAGUGUCCUCCAACAUGAAGAAACAACAUAUAUUGCAAUUGCUUUGAAGUCAUCAAUUCACCUUUAUGCAUGGGCACCAAAGUCCUUCGAUGAAAGUACUGCUAUUAAAGUAAUAUGCAUUGAUCAAUCAGCAGACUCCGAAGGAGACUACAUGUCCUAUGAAGCCUAUAUACGAAUACUGGCAAAAAUACAGGCAGCUGAUCCAGCGAACCGGUUUAAGAGACCAGAUGAGCUCCUUCAUCUGCUGAAACUCAAGGUGUUUCCAACAGUUGGUCAUAAGCCAGUGACAGUUGACCUGACUAUUGGUUCUGAAAAAAGACUAAAGAUUUUCUUCAGCUCAGCAGAUGGAUAUCACAUCAUUGAUGCAGAAUCUGAGGUUAUGUCUGAUGUGACUCUGCCAAAUAACCCCCUGGAAAUCAUUAUACCACAGAAUAUCAUCAUUUUACCUGAUUCCUUGGGAAUUGGCAUGAUGCUCACCUUCAAUGCUGAAGCCCUUUCUAUGGAAGCAAAUGAACAACUCUUCAAGAAGAUUCUUGAGGUGUGGAAAAACAUACCAUCUUCAGUAGCUUUUGAGUGUACACAGCGAACCACAGGAUGGGGCCAAAAGGCCAUUGAAGUCCGCUCUUUGCAAUCAAGGGUUCUGGAAAGUGAACUGAAGCGCAGGUCAAUUAAAAAGCUGAGAUUUCUGUGUACCCGAGGUGACAAGCUAUUUUUUACCUCUACCCUGCGCAAUCACCACAGCCGGGUUUAUUUCAUGACCCUUGGAAAACUUGAAGAGCUCCAAAGCAUUUAUGAUGUUUAAAAGGUUCCAGUGAUUUAUUACAACAUUUACAAACAUC